GAAUAAAGAGACAGCCACGCCAUCGUACAUCUCCUCCUCAAUGCCCUCUGGGAUCGGCUCUAGGUUCAUCUGUCUGUUCACCUACGGACAGCAAAAAGGAAAACAACGCUAUCCGCUCAGCAUUGACGCUGAGUGGGGAGGGAUAUUAAAUAAAGUCUUUUUUUUGGGAAGGUGAGAGCCGUCUUUAUUUGUGCCUUCUUAAAUUUCACACAAAGGCCGUGUGCUCUGAUUUUGAGGGGAGAAGGGAUCGUCAUCAUUUCUAUACUCCGUAUUAGGUUCUGCUGCGACAAUACCAUCCUCUGCUAAGUGACGAUGGCACAAGGCUCCUUUACUCCGACAACAAAGAGGUACGCGGUUGUCACCGGAUCAAACAAAGGGAUCGGGUUUGAAGUUUGUAGGCAGUUGGCUUCUAGUGGGAUUUUUGUGGUUCUAACUGCGAGAGAUGAAAAGAAGGGACUUGAAGCUCUUCAAAAGCUUAAGGAUUGUGGCGUCUCCGGCGACUUACUCGGUUUCCAUCAGCUUGAUGUGGUAGACCCUCACAGUGUUGCUAAUUUAGCUGAUUUUGUCAAAAUCCAUUUUGGAAAACUGGAUAUUUUGGUGAACAAUGCUGGCAUUUCUGGAAUAGUAUAUACACCUGAUAAUUUUCGAAGAGGUGUUGAGCUCAGUGGAGAUUGGCCAGAUGGAAAGGAAGUUCGUUGGAAUGAAAUGGUGAGUCAGAAUUUGGACUUAGCCGAACAAUGCCUCAAAACAAACUACUAUGGUGCAAAAGGAAUGGUCGAGGCACUUGCUCCCCUGCUGCAGUCAUCUGAUUCUGCAACCAUAGUCAAUGUUUCAUCGGGAUUGGGUCUGUUGAAGAACAUACCCAACCAAUGGGCAAAAGGGCUGUUGAGUGAUGCUGAAAACCUCUCAGAAGAGAGAGUGGAUGAAGUGGGGAAGCAAUUUCUGAAGGAUUUCAAGGAAGGGUUGCUAGAAGCCAAUGGGUGGCCACAAUAUUUCUCAACCUACAUCGUUGCAAAAGCGUGUAUGAAUGCCUACACAAGGGUUCUGGCGAAAAAACAUCCCAGCUUUCGCAUCAAUGUUGUAGCUCCCGGGUUUUGCAAGACUGACAUAACCCUCAAUCUUGGUUCUUUAACUGCGGCGCAAGGAGCCGAGUAUGUUGUGAGGGCAGCACUGCUGCCUAAGGAUGGUCCUUCUGGCUGUUUGUUCAAUAUGCAAGAAAUGUCAUCUUUCUGAAAAAUCAUUGAGUGUGACACGAAAACUAUGUACUAGUUUAUAAUUCCCUGUGUUAUGUAGAGACAUCUUUGUCCUUUGUGAAUAAAGCGAAGUGUUAUUC